GAGCGGCACCACUUCCGCUUCCGGCGGCGGGAUGGUGCCGGUGGUGCCGGUGCCGCUGUUGGCGCUGGUGCUGGCGCUGGGCGCGGCGGUGCACGGCGGCCCCGGGCCCGUCACCUGCGGCUCUGUGGUGAAACUGCUCAAUGUGCGGCACAACGUCCGCCUGCACUCGCACGACGUGCGCUACGGCUCCGGCAGCGGGCAGCAGUCGGUGACCGGGGUGUCGGCGGCGGAUGACGGGAACAGCUACUGGCGGGUGCGGGGCCGCACGGCAGGCGCCUGCGAGCGGGGCCGGCCGGUGCGCUGCGGGCAGGCCAUCCGCCUCACCCACCUGGGCACCGGCCGCAACCUCCACAGCCACCGCUUCGCCUCCCCGCUCUCCGGCAACCAGGAGGUGAGUGCAUUCGGGGAGGCCGGCGAGGGCGACUACCUGGAUGACUGGACAGUGGUGUGCAGCGGGACCUACUGGGUGCGGGACAGCGAGGUGCGCUUCCAGCACGCCUCCACUGACGUCUUCCUCUCGGUGACGGGGGAGCAGUACGGGCGGCCCAUCCACGGGCAGAAGGAGGUGCAUGGCAUGGCCGCCUCCAGCCAGAAUAACUACUGGAAGGUGAUGGAAGGUAUCUUCAUGCAGCCCAGCGAGGUCUUCAAAGCGGAGCAGUACCAUGCUGAGUUGUGAUGGACAGACAGACUGCCGCUGAGCCACUGGGCGCUGCCCUGUGGUGUUUGGGGCCGCUCGGCCCGGGGGACGGCCCCUGUCCCCACCUGGGUCUGACACACACCAGGAGGCCAAGCCCCAAAUCCAACACGAAGCAGAUCCCAAUGUCCUGAGUUUGAUAUGGAGUGGAUCCCUGUGUCCCAAAUCCCAACAUCCAGACCUGACCCAAAGCAGAGCCCAAGAUUCAACGUGAAGCAGGUCCCCAUGUCCUAAAUCCAGCCCAAAGCAGGUCCCACUGUCCACACCUGACCUAAAGCAGGUCCCAGUGUCCAGACCUGACCCAAAGCCAAGCUCAACAUCUGAGAUCCAGCAUGAAGCAGGUGCCCAUGUCCCAAAUCUGGCGCAAAGCCGAGCCCAAUAUGCAGACCUGACCCAAAACUGAGCCCAAUAUCUCGGAUCCAGCACAAGGCAGGUCCUCAUGUCCCAAAUCUGGCGCAAAGUCGAGCCCAACAUCCAGACCUGACCCAAAACCAAGCCUGAUAUCUGAGAUCCAGCACAAAGCAGGUCAUCAUGCCCCAAAUCCAGCCCAAAGCGGAUCCCAGUGUCCAGGCCUGACCCAAAGCGGAUCCCAGUGUCCAGGCCUGACCCAAAGCAGAGUCCAACAUCUGAGAUCCAGCAUGAAGCAGGUUCCCCAUGUCCCAAAUCUGGCACAAAAGCCGAGCCCAAUGUCCAGACAUGACCCUGAGCGGAUUCCCGAGCUCCCUGACCCUUGUAGCUCCCUCCUUGUGCUGAGGACCCCCGGAAGCACUGCCGUCCCCGGGGAGCUGCACCCCGUCCUCACCUCGCUGUACCCCAACCCUGUGCCCUGGGGGCCAUAAAAGAGCUGAAUUUUC